GGACCCAGUGGACAAAACCAAAAACUACCUGAACCUUCAUUAAAUGAAGGCGAGCAUGGACCUCAACAAGAAAAUCAAUCGCCAGAAGAAAAGAACGAAGGCAAAGACACAAAAGAUGCACAAAGCCGAGAGAACACAGACUCAACAGGAUCAAGUGAUAAUGAAGGGAAAGAGACAUCUGAUAAUGCACCUCAGAGUUCACCUGAGAAUUCUUCCCACACUUCACCCUCACAGAAUGCAGGAGAGUCUGGAGCUGCAGAGACUGGACCAACAAGUAACCCAAAUGAGAGAGGAAAUACAGAUACCACCACCACUACCACCUCAAACACCACCACAACAACAACCACAACAACAACAACAACAACACUUCCUCAUGAACUCACAAACAACAAGAAGGGUGAUGCAGACAGCAGCAGC